AUGUCACUACUACAGUCUCUCUUGCACCUCACCAACUUUAAGAACCCAUUGCUCCGGACAUUGAUCCCCGCCGUCUCGGCAGCUUAUGCGAUUCAGGCGGCCUUCGCUGUGCCGUCAAUCCUCGCACAGAAUGAACGUUUCUACGACUUCUCCGGAUCGUUGACCUACCUGUCCGUCACCGCUCUAAGCUUAUAUCUGCCCUCGCUUCGUGCAAAAUACUCGUCGACUAUUGCUAGCUCGGCACCGCUUCCUAGCUUGCUCGAGGCUUUCACCAAGCCCGGCGGCGUGGGAGCCCUCAAUUGGAGACAGGUUGUCAUCAGUGGUGCCGUCGCCUUCUGGGCUGCUCGACUGGGAUCGUACCUCUUCCAGCGCAUCUUGGAAGAGGGCAAAGACUCCAGGUUCGACGAGAUCAAAAAGUCCCCAACCAGGUUUGCCGUCGCCUUCUUCGCGCAAGCAACUUGGGUCUCUAUUUGCCUCAUGCCUGUCAUCGCUCUGAAUUCCGUGCCCGCAGCCGCCUUUGCCUCUCUGCCCGCUUUCAAGGCCUCGGAUGCCCUUGGCUUAUUCGUCUACGUCGCUGGGUUCGCUUUCGAGAUCACGGCUGACAGACAGAAGAGCAAGUGGCUGCGCGAGAAGCGCGCAAAAGCCCAUGAUGAACAGUUUAUGACUAGCGGUCUCUGGAGUGUUAGCCAAUACCCCAAUUACUUUGGCGAGAUGUCAUUAUGGACAGGUUUGGCGACUGCGGCAGCUGGAGUACUUGUGACACAGCCUAUUCAACUGGCGCUCGGCUUGUCAUCUGGCGUCACCGGACCACUUACUGCGAUGGCCAUGUCCUAUAUUAGCCCGGCCUUCGUUAGCUUCCUUCUUCUAAAGGUCUCCGGAGUGCCCAUGAGCGAAAAGAAGUAUGACAAGCGCUAUGGGGACCGCAAGGACUAUCAAGAGUGGAAGAAGAACACACCCAAAUUAUUCCCCAAGAUCUUCUAG